UGUGCGUGUCUGUUUUCCCGUUGCAUGUGGUCUCGCUGGGUUUCAAGACUAAACCGGCAAGUUGCAUGUGCUAAUCGCGUAAUUUUUAUCUAGUAAUACAGUAUUUGUUACUUUAUAGUAGUUCAUAAUAAACUGCUAUUUUUCACUUCAGUUGAGUAUAGCUUAAAGAAAAAUAUAUUGAAACUGCGUCCUCCGACCUGUGUUGUGGCGUGGUGAGAAGAUGUUUGGACAUGUAACUAUUGGAUGGAGGUAGUGUGAGUUGUUUCGGUGACCAGGAUGGACAGUAAAUUUCCAGAUCAGCUUUUUCCUGUUUUUUAUUACACUGGGCCGCCGAAAAAGAAGGCCGAUUGUCCUGUGCAUGCUUGGGGUUUGCAUGGCCACGUAUAUGGAAACGACUCCGGUUCUGCCGAGGUGGCUGAUUGGUCCUUUCUGGCGCAGCGCAAGGUGAAUGGGCCAACAUGGGCACCAGUCGAAUCUAUUGUAGCACCUCUUUUGCCACCCAAAAGCGUUAACAAAUGGUCUUCACGUCAUCUUCCAAGUGCUAUGGACUUCCCAAAACACAUGCAGAACUUCUACCUGUAUAAGUCCGAGGAUGCCUUUAGCACGAUGAACCAUCUUCUUGAGGACCACUUUGAUUUUGGAAGUGGGGAGCUGAAGGAAUGUAUGAAGAAAACCACUGUCAGCAUGAAAAACAUGGAGCGAUUUAUGUCUAGUGCAAAAUUCAUAAAGUGUCCUUUAAAACCUUUUGAAAAAAGAGCCAGCCUCUACAACAAUUUGUUAGGCGAUGUUAUCCAUGACAUCCCCCCUGGGCUCUUGGGUGAAUUACUCUAUGAAGAGUUGACUCUGCAGAGGGAAGAGAAGCAAUUCAACGAAGUGGCCACUGGGGGAGCUCUAGGCUUUUUUCUAAUUUCUACUUCAAACACUUCUCAAGAAGGAUGCCUUGUAUAUCCCAGGAAAGCUGCCCUUAAUUCACUUAAUUUUCACAAAGUGGUUGUAGAGUUUCAAGAGAAUAUACCACGACCCAAGUUCAUGAAUAAGCCGAUCAACUAUGGGGUCAAUGGCACUAUUCGGCAGGUCAGUGUCGGCCCCAUGGAGGAGAGUGUUUAUGUUGGGGUGCGUACGGAUUACAACUGUGGAGUCUGGGUAGCUACUUCCGCUCAGAAGCCCCAGCCGCUUGAUGUGGUUAACACACAAGAGAGGGCCACCUGCCUCACUGUCAGUCCACACAUGCCAGGGGAACUUCUUGUUGCCAGCGAGAGUGGAGUUGCAUAUCUCUGGACUGUAGGAAGAAGCCUUCAGAAGUUCCGUGAGGAGGAGGGAAACCUUUAUUUCAAUGCCAAGUCACCAUGGCGAUGGUGUGACUUCUCCGCUCAUCCCAGGGUGAUGCUGUAUGCUGACCGAACCGGUCUGGAGCUAUCAGACAUCAGGUCCAAGGAAACCUGCAGCCAUACUGUGUUUCGCAUCGGGGCUACCUCAGGCUGCAAGAGUGGCGAGAGGGUUAUCUUAUCCAGGUACCUCUGCAACGUGAACACACACCACCACCUUGUCACCACUCAGCAUUCUGCAUACAUCAUGGACGAGCGCUUUCCGUGUUUGCCCAUGAUCAAAUGGGAUCACAUGAUGGCAAGCCCACCCAUGUUUGCCCAGGCCGUUGGUACGGCAUCACAGCAUCAAAACACAGUGAUUUUAGGAUCCCAGUCUUCCCAGGAACUAACGCUUCUGCAGUAUAGUGGUGGGAAUGCAGUUGCCGCCCAAGUCUUAGGAGCUCCUCAGAAACUGUCUUGUCCUAUGAAGAGCUUGGCUGACCUCCCCGUCCAGAUCCCUCACAGGCAGAAGAAUGUCCAGGAAAGGCUAACGGUGCCUGCAGCUGGUAUUGCAUCAAUCUACUAUGACAAAGAGGAGUCCCUCUGUGUGCUCCAACUCUCUGAAGUUGGGGAUAUCUUCUACCAGACUCUAAGACCAGCCAGCCAAGACUCGCUGCAAGCAGCACACAAAGAGAUGCUGAAUGAGGAUUCUGUCACAGAACAGUCUGGUUCAUCACCACAGGAAAGCCAAGAGUCUGUUAAUAACCCAAGGACUAAUAUUGUGAGUCAGUCAAAGUGCAAAAUUGUCAGUCAAAGUGACUGUCCGCCUGAAACUUCAGACGCGCGAAUACAUGGUAUUAAUGAACCUUGUGUAAAUAUGAUCCUUAACCCCCUGACUGAGCAAGAGGACGUCAGUCUUUCGAAGGACAUACCAAGGACAGCUAAAGUCAGCAAGGCGACCCUCCUGAAGUGGAAAUCUUGGCUGAAUGUGCUUCGUAACGGGCAAAGGUCUACCCCCAGGUACAGCCAGUUACAUUGGACCUUAAAAACAAAAGACCAUUUUACCUUUGACGGUAAACCUAGAGAUAUUCUGGGGAAAGACCAAAUUACCAGUCUGAGGAAUAACAUGAGGGAAGUCAUGGAAAAAAAAUCGGUGCUGACUUGUGGUGCCACCAGCCUUUCACCGCCGGAGGUACUCCCCACCCCCCACCCUGUGGACACUCAGUCUUGGGGCGAUGACUUGAGUCAGCGGCUCUCUGCAUCCUGGGAGGGAGGUUGGAAAGACUGGUGGGAAGAAAAGCUGGGCCUGAAUCGGGAGAAGAGGAUCGAGGAGUUGCGUAGAAAACGACGGCGGCUAAAGCGGACCCGAGGCCCUCGUGUUGCUCUUUCCGGAAGCUUCACCACUUCUGCUAGCUACCAGUCAGAUCUGGAUGGUUGGUCCUCUGCUGUCAGUGAUUUUGGUGGUCAGGAUCCUGAUUUGGAUAGCAGCACUUUUUCUGGGUACCUCUCAACUCAAGAGGAUUCUGCAGAGCCUGAGAGAACAGGAAGAGUUCUUCAGCACGAGCCUAAGGGCUCUAAACUCAGCUCAGAAGAGAAGAGCAACGUAACAUUGUCAAGGAAUAAAGCUAAAAUGCCAAAAGAUCCAUCUCAGGAGGGGAACCCUAAGGCACCAAAACAACUUAAACAGGAUUACAUGAGCGCUCUUUUUAGCUCCCAGGAAGAGGUAGUGGAUGCAGGAACAGAGGGAACUGAUUUCUUCUUUCCUAUGUCGUUAUCUUCUCAAGUGUCCUCCAUCUCUAACUCCCAGAGGAAGCCCUCCUUGGGCCCUUUCUCCCAGUCCUCCCAGUCAUCCAAGCAAGGAAAGAAGAGAGCACGCAUGGGCUUUUAAAUGCUGAAGAGUAGACCUAUAGCCUGUCUUAAUUCAUAUCUGCUGAUGCUUCUGUUUCUGCAUCCUUAAUUAUGCUCUGGUAAGUUUAUUAAAUGCCAGUUUAAUUUGGUUCUCAGACUAAACUUCAAGCUUGGAGUACUGAUGACAUGUACAAGUAUUGGAGAUUGUGGAAUGUGAAUUGCAGAAGUUCCUCUCCAAUUAGAUGACCUAAGGUGACUGAAGGUGGUCGUUUUAUGUCAGAGGUCCCCAAAUUGGGGGGGGGGGGGGCUUUUUAUUGACCUACUUGCGAUGAUAAACUGAUAUAUAAUCCCAAAAACUGUGAUUAAAAUGUAUUGACACUUUCAUUAAUAAAUAAAAAUGAGAUGAAAAUGUCAGGAAGUGACAAAAUUGAAACUGGUUCAAUCAGAAGUUGUCUAUACUUAGUGUUGAUUGGAUAAUGCUGAUCAGACCAGCUUUAAGUGCGUAAACUGUGCAUCCAUCUGACAAGUAGAAACUAUGUGGUUUUGUCUAAAUUCUCCGUAAACUGUUUUGGAAUUACUUUAUGUUUGUGCCUCCAGCCAACUUUAGGUACAGAAAAACGUACCAACAUAUGACUAAGUUUCAGAUUUGAUGGAGAAGAUGACGAGCCUCAGUAGGAACUGCGUGGAGCGGCAAUAACAGAUAAAAACACCACAAACAGCCAAGUGCUUUUCUGAAACAAAUAGCUGCUUUUUCUUUUAAUGUGUUUGAAAGGUUCACUGUCAUUGAAAUUAAUUGCCAUGGACUGAACUAGGUGUAUAAAUAAACACAACGUAGUUGGUUUUCACUAAUCUGAUACUUGUACAUUUUUGAGAGAGGACACUUGGGGGGGGGGCAGGUUCCACAAAGCAGGAUUUGAAGUCCCAUGGUCCCAUAGGAAUGCUGCUUGAGUCUUAUUGGACAAUCAUGACCUCCAUCUUAAGUUAACCCAGCUAACUCAGAAAACUUGCUUUAUGGAACAACCCCUUGGGCUGUGUUCAGUCCCAGAAAUAAACAUUUGCUUCUGGAUGUGUCUUCCAUUGAAGUGAGGGGGGGAAUCCCCAAAAUAUCUGUCUCAUAGAUGGCUGUCAAAACAAGUAAAGUUUGAUUCCAAAUGAAAUGCAGUAAGCGCACUUAAAUUGGUCUUCGUUCACUUGGUUUUCUGUCCUUACAGCAAGUGUACAAAAUCUUAGCUUGCAUGUCACUGUAUCCCUUAAUUCACAGUGUGGGAGGCUAGAUCAGCUGGACACUGCCCUAUAGCAAAGAAUUUUCACAAAUACAAGCUGCUACUAAUUAAAUUUUUAUUAAUUCAUGUAUAAACAUCAGAUGGAAGUGGUGAA